AUGGGGCCGGCGGCGGUGCUGCAGCUGCUCUCGGUCGCCUGCUUGGCCUUCACCCUGGGCAUGUUCGGGACGGGCCUGUCUGACUUGCGGCAGAUGUUUGUGACCCAAAGCGUGGAGAACAUCCAGUUCCUGCCAUUCCUCACCACAGAUGUCAACAACCUGAGCUGGCUGAGCUACGGCUUCCUGAAAGGAGACUGGACGCUGAUCAUCGUCAAUGCUGUUGGUGCGACGCUUCAGACUCUAUACAUCCUUGUCUACUUCUAUUUCAGUCCGGAGAAGCGCGCUGUAUUAUUAAAAACCACGGGCCUGCUGGCGGUGCUUCUGAUCGGCUACUGCUAUUUCAACCAGCUCGUCCCGGACGUCUCUACCCGCCUCGCCCGCCUGGGUCUCUUCUGCAGCCUCUUCACCAUCACCAUGUACCUCUCGCCGUUGGCUGACCUGGCCAAGAUCAUCAGGACCCGGUCGACGCAAUGCAUCUCCUUCCCGCUGACCGUCACGACGUUCCUGGCCUCGACCAGCUGGACGCUCUACGGACUCCUGCUUCAGGAUCUCUAUAUUGCCAUCCCCAACCUGCCGGGCAUCGCCACCAGCGUCGUGCGGUUCUGGCUUUUCUGGCAUUUCCCUCCGGACCCCAACAGAACUUACAAGUUGCUGCAAGCCUGA